AGCUGUGGUAUAGUUACCGCUGACCCGUUGGUUUCACGUGUGUGUUGUCGUUCUUGUCCGAGUGGUAUAAAUCCGUACUCUUUCUACUUGUUGAUCGAAUGUAUCCACUUCGACAGCUGUACAGGCAAUCUGCCUGUUUACGAAUAGCCACGUUCACAAGACAUCUCAUAGGAGCUAGAAUGUGCAGCUCAUCCAACCAUAUGUGGCUCUUUUGCGGUAGUGACCUUUGGGAGCGCCCGCAAAGUACACUGGAUCCUCGAGCAGAUUACAAAGCAUUCUGGGAGAACCAGACAGAAGCUCUGUUGGAGACUAAGAACAACGCUGGUAUUAUCACAAUGAACCGGCCAAAGGCUCUCAAUGCUUUAAACCUUCCAAUGAUCAGAAAGAUCUACCCACAGCUCAAGCAAUGGGACAUGGACCCAAACAUUGGAGUAAUAUUGAUAAAGGGUACAGGAGAUAAAGCGUUCUGUGCAGGAGGUGACGUACGAGCCAUCGCCGAGGCAGGAUUGAGAGGAGAGGACCUAACAAAGGAUUUUUUUCGAGAGGAAUACAUGUUAAAUUAUGCAAUAGGUACACUCAAGACUCCUUAUGUGGCACUUAUUCAUGGUAUUACUAUGGGCGGGGGAGUUGGUCUCUCUGUCCAUGGCCGCUACCGUGUAGCUACUGAAAAGACAACUUUUGCUAUGCCUGAAACAGCUAUAGGAUUUUUCCCUGAUGUAGGUGGUGCUCAUGCUUUACCACGGCUGUCUGGUAAACUUGGUCUCUUUCUGGCCUUGACUGGGCAGCGACUCAAGGGAUAUAAUGUCAAGCUGGCUGGCAUUGCGACUCACUAUGUCACUUUGGAAAAGAUAAGCGCCUUGGAAGAGGCGCUAUUAAAUUUAAAGGACCCUCAACAUCAAAUUGUACAAGAUGUACUAAAUGACUUUGAUAAGCAGUGCUCUCCAAAUCAGCGAUUUGUAUUAGAUGAACACAUGGACAGCAUAAAUAGAUGUUUUUCACAAUCAAGUGUUGAGGAGAUCAUUUCUGCAUUAGAAGAAGAGGGAUCUCCCUGGGCAGCCAAACAAAUAGAGAAUCUCAAUCGCAUGUCCCCUACAUCAUUAAAAGUAACAUUACAGCAGCUGGAGGAGGGAUCUAGACUGGAUUUGGGCGAGUGCCUGAAAAUGGAGUAUCGGAUGUCACAGACGUUCAUGGAAAAUAAAGAUUUUUAUGAGGGAAUUCGAGCUGUUCUGGUCGACAAAGAUAACAGCCCCAAAUGGAAUCCCAGCAGUUUAAAGGAAGUUUCCAAGGAGAGUGUAGAGUCAUAUUUUAAACCAAUUGGGGAAAGAGAGUUAGUCUUGUGAAAAAAAAUCUAAUAAAAAGAACUCAAAUGAAAUCAGACAAAUGAUUUAUAACAGAAUCUUGUAACCCUCUAGGUUUUUUUGUAUUAAAUGUUUUACACAGCAUAGCAGAACUUUAUUUAUCUGCAAGGUUUAAUUGAUGUUACUACCCUGGGUGGUAGCCUUCGAUGUACUGUGUGUGUCGGCCAACUUUUUAUUACCCUGUACAGGGAGGGAUAUAUCUUUUCCCAAAGAGGAGGGAGGGCACCAAGGGUAAAGAACAUAUGUAAGGUGGGAGCUGCAUCUGUCGAUUUUCUAAAAUACCUUUCUAAAAUUUCUGCCCAACAGGAUGGGGUGCAUUGGCCCCCCACGACUGCUGUAUACAAAUAAUAUUAUUUAUCACAAAAACUAUAUUGUUUGCAGAAUGAUAAGUGUAGUAGGGUGUGCAUAUUUAUGAUAGAAAGUUCUCUUGUUUUUUAAUGUACUGAUGUGUUAAGACUUUCAGUCUUAAGAAUAAAAAUAUUUUAUGGUA